CUCCUUCUGUCUCCUGCGGUUGAACCCACAACUUGCCGUCAAAGCCGGAUUAGAGCAGGUCGACAAAGAGCGCGAGCAUCAUGAGGAGCGCCGCAGGAAUCCUCCUGCUUUUGUCAUUUGCUUUACUUUCUUCAGCUCAGGUAGCACAGGAAUGUUCCAUUCCGAGGGAGUUCCAGGGCGCCAGGCUGGUCCGUGAUUACCCCUCCACCGUCAAGUUUAACAGCGGGGAUCGAGUCUACUACGGAUGCCGUGACGGCUUCACGCCGAUGGACGGGAAACCUUUUGUGGAGUGUCGCAAUGGAGCCUGGAGCAAACUGACUCUUCAGUGUGAACAGAAGUCCUGCAGCUAUGUUGGAGAUCUGCAUAAUGGGGAGUUCAUCUAUGAAGGAAAUUCAUACCUCGGGGAAAAAGCUCAUGCUAAAUGCAACAAAGGGUACACCCUGAGGGGUUCGAACUUCAUGUUAUGUACAGAGUCGGGAUGGGUCGGUAAAUUUCCAUCAUGUGAAGAGGGAGAACCAACCUGCUUGGCUCCAGUUGUGGCAAACUCAGCACAGAGAGCUGGCACAGUGUACCAGGUUGGAGACAGAAUAAACUUGUCCUGUAAAAUAGGAUUUCAGCUGGAAGGACCCAAUGAGAUCACAUGUGCACCUAAUGGCCAGUGGCAGCCAAAACCUCCUCAGUGUGUCCCCACACUGGAGAGAACCCAACCACGGACGGAGCAAACAAAUGAGAAGGGUGAUUGUGAGGCGCCGCCGCCUGUCAUCGGCUCCAACGCUUAUCUCGUUGACAAGUACGCCAUGAUGACGUCGUUUUCUUCCGGUGACAAAGUCUACUACUCAUGUAACGUUGGAUACACUGCAAGAGCUGGCAGCAGGAGUCGCAGGUGUAAAAACGGAAAAUGGACUCAACUGAAGCUGAAAUGUGAACGAAAGCUUUGUGGGCAUGCAGGAGAGAUUGAGAAUGGUCACUUUGUUUAUACUGGAGUGAAGUUUGGAGACGUUGCUACAGCGAAGUGUAACGAAGGGUAUAUACUUGUAGGACGGGCCACCAGAAACUGCAGGAGUCAAGGCUGGGAUGGACGUAUUCCUGUUUGUGAAGUUGCCAUAUGUGACAAGCCCAAAAAGACAAACGCAAUCAGUAAAGGCCCAGAGGAGCCACCGUACAGGUACAGGAGUGUGAUUCGGUAUCAGUGCCAGGUGGGAAUGCUGGACGGGCCCAGGGAGAUCUAUUGCACCUCCAAUGGGACAUGGAAUGCAUCUCCUCCACAAUGCAAAGAAUUUACAUGCCCGCCACCCAACGUGCCCCAUGCUUACUGGAUGGGGGCCCAUCGUGAAAAGUUCAACGCCAUGGACGUGAUUUCCAUCGACUGUGACAGGGGCUACUCCAUCCAAGGUCCCACCUCCAUAACUUGCAGCAGAGAUGGCCGAUGGAUACCAAGCCUUCCCAGCUGCCAACCUGCACACCGGCCGCAGUACUAAUCUGUUCUUGCAAGAGUACAUUGACAAGAUGGAGAAAUAUUUCAAUAUACCAGUUAAAAAAGCAUGAACUUAUUAAGCUAAAUAAAAUAUGAUGAACUUAUGUAAUGCACUGUAUUUUGUUAUUAAACUUGCAUUAUAUUUCUUAUAAAGACAUUAAAAUAUUUGUCAAAGAA